UUGACAAUUAAUAUUCUAUGCCUCCUGUAUUAUUGAUAUUUUGAUAUAUCCCAUAUUUAAUUCAUUUUAAAGCAAUAUUUUUGUAGGAAAAAUCACUUCAUUUUCAUAAAUUAAACAUGGAUUGCAAAUAAUCAUGAACACAUUCAAUACUGACACAUCACUCAUUAUUCAUGUUCAAUAGAAAACAAGCUGUUCUGAUUUCUGAAUACUUUUAUAAUUGACUGAAUGAAAAUUUGCAAUCGACCUAUUCUCUGGAAGAAUAUUUUUGGUAACAACUCGAAAUAUCUCUUCUUCAGUUUACGACAACUAGCUUCUGAAGGUACUGUACCUGUGAAAAAUAAAUCGGCCACGAUGGUUUCACAGCGUUUUGACAACAUCUUCAAGUCCAAAGAAGACAAAAGGCUAUAUAGAGGUCUUAUUCUUUCAAAUCAAUUGAAAGUUCUGCUUGUCAGUGAUCCAAGUACCGAUAAAUCAGCAGCUGCAAUGGAUGUAAAUGUUGGGUAUAUGAGUGAUCCUAAGAAUGUGAAGGGCUUAGCUCACUUCUGUGAGCAUAUGCUGUUUUUAGGUACUGAAAAGUAUCCUAAUGAAAAUGACUAUAACAAAUUUCUGAGUGAACAUGGGGGCAGUAGUAAUGCAGCAACAUAUCCAGAUCACACUAUUUACUACUUUGAUGUUGUACCUGAGCAUCUAUCAAGUGCUCUUGAUAGAUUUGCUCAAUUCUUCAUUGCACCAUUAUUCACUGAGAGUGCCACAGAUAAAGAGUUGAAUGCUGUUAAUUCAGAACAUGACAAAAAUGUUCAGAGUGAUCUUUGGAGAUUGGAUCAAUUGGAUAAGCAUCUUGCUGAUCCAGAUCAUCCUUACCACACAUUUGGUACAGGCAACCGAUAUACCUUAGAAAUAUUACCAAAACGUGAAGGGAUUAAUGUCAGAGAAGAGCUUUUGAAAUUUCAUAAUACUUGGUAUUCGUCUAAUUUAAUGAGUUUGGCUGUACUGGGUAAAGAGAGCUUGGAUGAACUUGAAGCAACAGUGGUAGAGUUAUUUCACAAUGUGGAAAAUAAAAACUCUCCCCUUCCUGAGUGGAGUGAUGCCCCAUUUAACGAAGGACAUUUUGAAACAUGUACUUAUAUUCAUCCAGUGAAAGAUGUCAGGAACUUAAACAUUAUAUUUCCUUGCAAAGAUUUUAGACAUGAAUAUAAAGCAGCACCUAUUCACUAUACUAGCCAUCUCAUGGGACAUGAAGGUCCUGGAAGUAUCUUGUCUGCUUUGAAAUCAAGGGGCUGGUCUAACAGCUUAGUUGCUGGUGCACGCCCCACACCUCGUGGUUUCACUUUCUUCACUAUAGCUGUAGAUCUUACAGAAGAAGGAAUGAAGCACACAGAUGAGAUCAUCAAAUUAGUAUUCCAAUAUGUCAAUAUGUUGAAACAACUAGGUCCAUUGAAAUGGGUUCAUGAUGAAAAUAGAGAUAUAGGAGAAAUGACAUUCAGAUUCAAAGAUAAAGAGUCCCCAAGGGGUUAUAUAUCAUCUCUAGUACACUUUAUGCAGGAUUAUCCCAUGGAAGAUGUCCUUUCUUGUAAUUUAGUUGUAACUGAGUGGAAACCAGAGGCAAUUGAAGAAGUUUGGGACGAUUUAGUGCCAAGUAAAAUAAGGGUUGCCAUUGUAGCUAAAAAGUUUAACACAGAAUUGGACAGUGUUGAACCAUGGUAUGGCACGAAAUAUAAAACUGUUAAAAUAGAUAAAGAAAUUUUGAGUGAUUGGGAAAAUGCAGGUCUCUGUGAUGAAUUGAAAUUACCUGAAAAAAAUGAGUUCAUUCCAAGCGAUUUCAAAUUAUACCCUCUAGAUGAUGUCAGCAACAAAGAGGGUUCUACAUUCUCAGAUCAUCCACUGAUAAUCAAAGAUACAGCUUUAACCAGAGUCUGGUUCAAGCAGGAUGAUGUUUAUAAGUUACCAAAAGCUAACUUGAUGUUCGAUUUCGUCAGUCCAUUGGCAUACUUGGAUCCUUUGAAUUGUAAUCUGACCCAUAUGUUGGUACAACUAUUUAGAGAUGCAUUGAAUGAGUAUGCCUAUUCUGCUGAAGUAGCGGGAUUGAAAUAUGAAUUGAUAAAUACUAAAUAUGGACUAAUUUUGGCUAUUGAAGGUUACAAUGAUAAACAACAUAUAUUAUUGGAAAAAAUUAUAGACCGACUGACUUCUUUCAAAGUUGAUCCAAAGAGAUUUGAAAUAUAUAAAGAAAAUUAUAUAAGGAAUUUGAGGAAUUUCAAUGCGGAACAGCCCUAUCAACAUGCUGUUUACUAUUUAGCAGUUCUUUUAACGGAACAUUCUUGGACAAAACAAGAACUUCUUGGUGCAACAGAACAGUUGACCAUUGAAAGAUUAGAAGCUUUUAUACCACAAGUUUUAUCAAAAAUGCACAUUGAGUGUUUAGUUCAUGGAAAUGUGAACAAAACGAAAGCUUUGGAAAUGGCUAAUAUUGUUGAAGAACAACUGAGAAACACUUUGAAAAUGUGCCCUCUACUGCCGCGACAGCUUCUGCUGAACAGAGAAUUGAAAUUAGAAAAAGGCUGUUAUUAUCUGUAUGAAGUUCAAAAUGAUAUACAUAAGCCAUCUUGCAUUGAAUUAUAUUACCAGUGUGGUAUGCAGUCAACAGAAACAAAUAUGAAGCUUGAAUUAUUUUCGAAAAUUAUUCAAGAACCAUGUUUCAAUAUUUUGAGAACGAAGCAACAAUUAGGCUAUAUUGUCUUCAGUGGUGUCAGAAGAUCGAAUGGUGUUCAAGGUUUGCGUAUUAUAGUGCAAUCUGAUAAGCAUCCAGCUUUUCUAGAUGAUAGGAUAGAAGAAUUUUUAAAAGAUAUGAAACCUUACCUAAUGUCUAUGGAGGAAGAAGAGUUUGUGAGACAUCGAGAGGCUUUAGCCGCUCAGAGAUUAGAAAAACCAAAACAGCUCGCUUCACAAACAAAUCUGUAUUGGUCUGAAAUCACUUCUCAGCAGUACAACUUCGAUAGAACAGAAAUGGAAGUUGGGUACCUCAGAACAUUGAAGAUGAAAGAUAUACUUGAAUUCUAUGAGGAGUUUUUAGAAGAUAGUGCCAAGUAUAGACGGAAGCUAUCAGUGCAAGUUGUCUCCAUGGCAGAAGGAGGAGCAGGUAAAGUUGCCGAAAAAGAAAAUGGAACUGGCAUAGAGAAUGUGAAAAUGCCUUCAAUGAUCCAAGACAUAACCAUAUUCAAGAGCUGCCACGAAAUGUACCCAUUAGUUCAGCCUUUUUUAAGUAUUCCAAGAAAAGGGAAUAAAUGUAAACUAUGAUAACACAGAUAGUUAAUGUAAACUAUUAAAACUUGAAGUGAUCUGAAAAUAAAACUUGCACAUGUGU